AUGAAAAAUCCACCACCCCAAAUCCGAGGGAGGAGGGACCUCCCAUCACGUGAAGAAGAAGCGAGCGAGCUAGGCGAGCAUGUCUUUGAAGAAGAGGAAGAAAAAAUAGUGCCUGUUUCUGAAGAGGAAAAAAGAUUUAUCAAUGCGAAGAUGUACCUGAUGACGUCAUCUACAGACACGGACAAGAAUUUAUAUAACCACUUAAGCAGUAUCCUAGGUGAUAUCUUGUAUGACCAACCAGCUGAUGCGUUUGAGGGUCUAGAAGAAAGGAGCGUAGACCGAAAGAGAGAGGCUCUCUCGUAUGACUCCACAACUCUCCUUGACAAAACAGUGACGUCACAAGAACAAUACCUCGCGCAUUCACAGUGGAGAAUAUUUCAGAAUGCUGGGGAAGACACAGAGGAGUACAAAAGGUCGUUCCGUACAGAACAUGUUGACCCAUCUGAAAAUGAUAAAUUUGCUGUUCUUCCUAACCUUUUACGACAAGCCUACUUCUUCGAGCAAGUCGGAUUCGGACUUCCGAGAGAGGAGAUUGUUAGAGUGUCAAUUGCCAUGCGCGAUAUCGUGGAACAAUGGCCGAUAGAGAACGUCCGGUUCUGGGGAAAGAUCUUCGGAAUACACCAGAAUUAUUAUGUAGUUGAGACCGAUUUUCAAGAGGGGGAUUAUGAGAGCGAUACUAGCGAUCUAGGACUGGAAGACGACAUAGACAUCCCAGAUGAAGGAACCUCAGACAGUUUGUUUGACGAUCUAUCUACAUCUGAUGACAUCAAACCCACGUAUAAACCACAGCCAAAGAUUCCAUGCGAACCUCUCGGAACUGGCCUCAAUAGGAAAGUCUACUUUGUGUGUUCCGAACCUGGAUUACCAUGGGAGAGAUUGCCUCAUAUCACUCCGGCCCAGGUGGUGGCUGCGCGGCAAAUCCGCCGAUACUUCACCGGCACUCUUGAUGACCCGAUCAUCGCUUAUCCACCAUUUCCUGGCGUCGAACGAAACUAUCUGCGUGCGCAGAUUGCUCGUAUAAGUGCGGCAACAAGUGUGUCUCCCAUAGGCUACUUCCGGUUUGAUGAUCAAGAGGAAGAGGAAGAGGCGGAAGAGGCAGCGGCAGGACGAAACGCGUGUGUGAUUGAUACAGAGUUUGACGGCCUACCCCUCCGGGAACUAGUAGAUCCUACCCUUCAGUCAUGGUGUCACCAUGUUAAGUCGAUACUACCACAGGGCAGGAACACGUGGUACAAUCCUGUCAUGGCUGGUGUGGAGGGGGAAAUGGAGGACAGUGAACUAGAGGACAGAGAGGAACCCGACGAACCGACACCGGAAGUUGGUCCGCCACUACUCUCACCUUUAUCAGAAGAUCAGAGUAUCGGCGAGAGUCCGGCGUGGAUUGCCCGUUAUUCCUCCAAGCUGGUGCCCGAGUAUUCUAUUGCCAUGUUGCAGUCCAACACUUGGCCAGGUGCCGUCACAUUUGGAGCUGACAAGGGCAGAUAUUUUGAAACGUUAUACGUGGGUUGGGGGUUGAAGAACCUCCCAGCGGAAUAUGAUCCUACCAUUCCAUCAACUGCCAUGACAGAGUUUCCGAGCGGACCGGAAGUGACGGAAGCAGAUGACCCGACUCCGGAAGAGGAAGCCGCGUUCAAAGCAGCUUUACAGGAGAAGGAAGUGGACGACGAACUGGGUGGUGACGAGGAGGGAGAGGAUGAUGAAGACUAA